CCUCUUGUUCGGAUCGCGUUUUGACGAGCUCUUUUCACACGCGAUUGGACGCCCCGAAUUUUCAAAAUAAACCCACUAGAGGUUAAAGUCGUCAUAGAAAAUCGACCAUUGAUUAUAUAACUUCUUAGAACAUAGGAUAAACUUAAGGAUACAUUUAUUAGGGUACUGGUAGGUUGUUUCUACUCCAGUGCUGCGCUAAAGAAAUGGUUGGUUUUUGCUCUGCGACUGUUUUCGCUUCAAUCGUUCUCUUGGCCUAUCAAAUAACGGUAUGUCAGGGCUCUGGGAAACUCUCCAUCAGACUUGUAUCCUACAGAAACCCAAACUCCUACCUCUACGACGGAAGUUGCUGUGAUAAUGCCAACUGGUGCAUCGACUCGUGCGACAACUACUUCAUACUCUGCCUUGCCCCCCCUGAUUCAAGCGACAAGUGCACUGAAUACAAGCGUAUCACGCAAGUUUGGGGGUCCGACAGCAUCUCAUUCGGGGGGAGUCUAGGAGCAGGGAUAUCGAAUCCUUUUGUUUUCAGCUUUAGCAGAUGGAAGGGCGUGAAGCUGAGUGUUGAAGUAUGGGAUGACGAUGGCAAGAACAUCAUCGGUGGAAACAAUGACUUCGUAGACCAGUACCAACUCAUGCUUAGUGGUCCUGUGUCCCCGUCCCAGGCCUCUGCGCGCAGGCAACAACACAGGAUGACCGGCAGACAAUCACACCUCAACAUUGAGGCUAAGUUGUACUGCGAUGCGAACUAUCUCGUACCAGACUGCUCCGAGCACUGCGUGUCACGUGACGACGACCAAGGCCACUACAUAUGCGACUACGUUAACGGCCGCAGAUUGUGCCGGGAAGGCUGGCAUGGCCGCGCAUGCCUAGUUUGGUGCAUACCGCGUAACGAUACAUCCGGCCGUUACAUGUGUGACGAUGAAGGAGCAAAAAUAUGCUUGGAAGGCUGGACUGGAGUCAAUUGCACUGAAGGGAUGCCAACAGUGGUAAUGGGAAGCUUUUCAUCUAUGCCUACACCAAGUAUUACCCAGCAACAAAGUACACAAAUACAUGCAAAGUGGACAACGCGCGAAACACCAGCUACUGCCCCGUAUGAGCGAACGACGGCAGCUCGUAUAAAACCAGCCUGCGCCAUGAAUUCUGGGUAUGUGACGUCAUCAUAUUCCAUGACGUCAUCUUCUUUAAGCCCAUCAAUAUCGUCAUCCACGUCAUCACUGCAUCAACUCUCACCGUCAGCAUCAUUGAUGAACAAAAUUAGCCCAUCUCAGCAUCUCGAUAGCUUUGUAGGGGGAGGGAGUGAAACUUCUGCAACUUCUGUAAUUGUUUCUACGGUAAAUGUUGAGCAUUUCAAGUCCAGUGCUAUUGUCAAGGCAACGGCAUCAUCAAGUACCAAGAUAUGUCAAUCAUCGUCUAUAGUGCUCCGCCUACCUGGAUGGCAAUCCAUCGUGAUAGAGAUGGAGCCUAGAGAGGUGGAAUCAUUUGAUGUCCCGGUGGAGGCUGUUCGCCGAUUGUUUACCAGGAAGCUCCGAGAAUACUGUGGCAGUGACGCCAUGGCGUGUCGAAUAGGAUGCUGGGAAACUGCUCCGAUGCUCGAAGGAGAGAUUGUGAUUGACAGGCGAACGUCCGCUGACCAGGCUCUAGUGCCCAUCCAAGUAACAGCUAGAAACUUGCAAGCAUUUAUCCCAAGCAAUGUCCUUCUGGCGAUAGCGGAAAGUACCAAGGAUGAACUCGAAGACAUGACGUCAGCAAAUAUUCUGAAAAUUUGGCCGCUGACCGACGAUCCAAACAUCACAGGAGACACUGGCAAGCGAAAGGCAGACAUCACUUCCGAUAGGGGUAGUCUGCUGACAUUUGUGCUCACGGGCGUGGGCAUUGUGCUGCUCCUGGUGGUGGUGUGUUUCGUGGUGUACAGGGUUAAAUGGCGGAGAUCCAAAAACCUGACAGUGAACCCUCUUGAGGAGGAAGAAGCUGAGAGCACAGUUAAUACGCCUAGUACGGUGACAAGCGACAAAGCAUCGCUCAUAGGCAUUCCAAGCAAGACAAAUAAGGAUGCCCGGCAGGUCAGCAUAACAAAUAUUGAGCUGUCAGAGGUUCUGCUUGACAAGCCAAUCAAAACACCUAACAUCACGGCCAUCUCUUGAAGCAGCCCGAGCUAGAUGAAGCGACCGCCCUAAAUACACGAAGACACGAACGCCCUAGAUAAAGCGACCGCCCUAAAUACACGAAGACACGAACGCCCUAGAUAAAGCGACCGCCCUAAAUACACGAAGACACGAACGCCUUAGAUAAAGCGACCGCCCUAUAUACACGAAGACACAAACGCCUUAGAUGAAGCGACCGCCCUAUAUACACGAAGACACGAACGCCCUAGAUAAAGCGACCGCCCUAAAUACACGAAGACACGAACGCCUUAGAUAAAGCGACCGCCCUAUAUACACGAAGACACGAACGCCUUAGAUGAAGCAACCGCCCUAUAUACACGAAGACACGAACGCCCUAGAUAAAGCGACCGCCCUAUAUACACGAAGACACGAACGCCCUAGAUAAAGCAACCGCCCUAUAUACACUAAGACACGAACGCCCUAGAUAGGGCGACCGCCCUAUAUACACGAAGACGACCGCCUCAGUUAAAGCGACCACUCUUUAUACACAGGUACGACCACUUUAGAUAAAUCGACCGCCCUUUAUACACGAAGACGACUGUCCUAGAUAAAGAAGAUACACCAGCAUACUCCCUUGUGUUCCUUACGGUAUUCCUGUGGCUAGAGGGGCUGAAGCAGCCAACUAGAGAAAGAGGACUUUGGUGACGUCACAUCCUCAACCACAGGAAACCCAAGAAUAACGUCAGAGAAUACGCUGACGAUACACGAAGGCGAACGUAUGCACAAAGUUAAAAUAACCUUGCCAGUGAAAACGGCGGAUGGGAAAUGGCAGCUCCAAGACCGAAAGGGUAUAGGUACUAAGUUAUACAUAGCAUGAGGGGGGGGGGGGGGCACGACAAAUAAACAUUAAGAAAACAUUGGGAGGCACAGCCACGCCCUGGUCAUUUCCUUACAAUUUGUGAAAAUAUUGUGGGGCACGUGCCUACGGUCCUGUUAUAAAUGAACUCCAGCGAUGCCAGAGCCAGACAUUGAUGGCCUAAAUGGAUUAUCGUAUGAUUGAUCCAUAUUAUCCUGCAAACAGUUGAGCAAUAAUAAGAGCCAUGGUACCACCCUUCGGUCGUUGAACUGCCAUUUACCAGUCGACAUUCGUCAGUCUCACUGACGGUUUUUGAAAUAGGUGUAUAGCGUCGUCAUCGUUGAUGGCAAGAAUUACUUGACGCAUCGGACAUUAGUCAAAAGAAGUAUUCAUAAUCAAUAAAAUUUUUUAAAGUUCCAAGAAAUAUCCAUGGUGAUUUUUAAUAACCAGAAUUUGUAUAUACGAGUAUGUCAUAUCGUGAAAAGGUUCAAGAAUUUGAGUGAAUAAUGCCUGUAAAAAUAAUUACUGGAUAUCAAUUUAAAUGCGAAUAGGCCCGAAUAUCCUCGACUUAUAUCCAAUUAGUGUGUACCAAUAAUCAUAAUAUCGACAAAAUUGCGAGAAAAAACAGUUUUUCAGAA